AUGCCCUGCUCCAUCCCGGACUCACCCCCAGCUCGCAGCGCCCUCAGCUCCCGGGCACCCCGAGCUCCCGGCGCUUCAGCGCAGCGGCGCUUCCUUGGCCUCCUGCCCGGGCCGGGCCCAGCGCCGGGGCCGCUCCUCAGCCGAGGCUUCCGAGAAAUGGCGGAGAUCAGGCCAAGGGAGGAGAGGCCGUGCCUUCUCCACUCCCUGUGUUACCUGGAUGUGGCGGUGUCAGAGCCCAGCCUGGGGGUCCCCCAGUUCAUGUCCUUGGGGUUCAUGGAUGGGAUCCUCUUCACACGCUACGACAGCGAGCAGGGCCAGGUGGAGCUACAGACACAGUGGAUGGAGGAUGGAGCUGAGCAGGGAUAUUGGGAGAGCCAGACCCAGAUCGCUGUGAGGAACCAGCACAUAGUUGCCAGGAACCUGAAGACGCUGCGGCACCGGUACAACCAGAGCAGGGGGAUCUGUCUCCACACCUCACAGUGGCUUUACGGCUGUGACCUCCUGGACAAUGGGAGUGUCCGUGGAUCCAGCCGGUACCGCUACGACGGGCGGGAUUUCAUCUCCUUUGAGCUGGGAUCCAAGAGCUUUGUGGCGGCCGACGACGCUGCUGAGAUCACCCGGAGACUCUGGAAAGAAAAAGGGAAUGUGGCUGAGGGGCGGGAGAAUUACCUGAAACACGUCUGCCCAGAAUGGCUCCGGAAAUACGUCGGAUAUGAGCAGAAAGAGCUGGAGCGCAAAGUGGUCCCUGACGUCCAUGUGUCCGGAAAAGAGGAACAUGGGACACUGAUCCUAUCCUGCCACGUGUACGGAUUCUAUCCCAACACCAUUGCGGUCAACUGGAUGAAGGGGGGUGAAAUCUGGGAUCAGGAGGCGGAGUGGGGCGGGAUCGUUCCCAACAGCGACAGCACCUCCCACACCUGGGCCAGGAUCGAGGUGCUGCCGGAGGAGUGGGAGCAGUACCGGUGCCGGGUGGAGCAUCCCGGAAUGCUGGAACCUGGGAUCUUCACUUGGGAGCCGACAGCUGGCGGGAAUCUCGCCAUGGUGAUCGCUGUGUCCAUCACUGCUGCCAUCCUCGUCCUUGUCCUCAUUGGAUUCGGUGUCUGGAGGCUCCAAUCCAGGAAGAGGGACAGGAAUGGAUACAACCCGCCAGCCAGUGAGUUCCAGUGGUGGAUCCAGCUCUGA